UGCGUGAAGCAUGUGCGAGCCGGUUGCCUAUACCAACGCGAGUAGUGGCUGAAUUUUUCAGAACGUAAGAAAUUGGGGGAUCCGGUGGGAGUAUAAACAAAUGUGGAUCACUUGUGUGUAAGUCGCAGAUAGUGAGUGACCGCAACAUCCCAUUGACAAGAAAACUCGGCUAGUAGAACGUCUUACUAACUGUAUAGAUUUCUAGAUGUUUCCCAGUUAACUUUAACAAGGAACAGAUCAGCGAAAAACAGCCGCCAUCAUGCUGCGCCUAUUCAAGAAUCCUCGCAAAGUUAUGGUUCAGAUGGGAGCUGCUGCUGCAGCUUCACUGUCCUUCAUGAUUAUGGGUAUGGUGCGAGCCUGGUCCAGCCCAGGUAUGCCGUCAUUGUUGGACUCCAAGGCAGUUCCUCUCACUGAGUCGGACGUCUCAUGGAUUAGCAGCAUCCCACCGCUGGCGUCUUUGGUCGGCAGUUUGCUGGCUGGACCUUGUCUGACUAUUCUGGGUAGGAGACGGACAUUGAUGUUGAUUUCCAUCCCGUACAGCUUGGGAUUCUUGUUGAUUGGCUUCGCCUCUCACAGUUCCAUGCUUUACAUUGGGCGCAUCUUGGAUGGGGCCAUGAUUGGCUUCAGCGCCCCAUCGGCACAAAUUUUCAUUGGCGAAUGCGCAUCGCCGCGAGUGCGCGGUGCUCUCGGAGCUUUCACUGCAAUCUUUCUCUCGUUGGGUAUUUUGAUCACCUAUGUAAUUGGCGCUUUCGUUCCGUGGAACGUACUGGCCUGGAUAUUGAGCGCUUUUCCAGCUCUACUUUUCGGAGCCAUGUACAUGAUGCCCGAAACGCCCUCCUGGCUUCUUUCGAAGAACCGCGAAGAGGAAGCCAAAAAGUCGUUGCAAUUCCUUCGAGGAGCGCACACGGACAUUACUGGCGAAUUCGAGCGCUUGAAGGCUAACAUGGCCAAAGGUGCCAAUUCACAGCAAAUCCAACCCAGGGAGUUGUUGAAAGGAUCUGUCCUCAAGCCUCUUUUGCUCUCGAUGGCCCUCAUGUUGCUGCAACAGUUUAGCGGCAUCAACUCCAUCAUUUAUUUCACAGUGUUCAUUUUCCAGAAGGCUGGCAGCACCAUGGACAAGAACUUGUCCACCAUCAUUGUCGGUAUCGUGCAACUUUUGGCCACUAUCGCUUCCAUGUUUUUGGUGGACAGGGCCGGUCGACGACUUCUUCUCCUCGUGUCCGGUGUCGUCAUGGCAAUCUCUCUGGCCGCUCUUGGAGCUUUCUUCUACAUGCUGGAAGUCUACGGUAACGAUGUGCAGCUAACACUCGGAUGGCUUCCACUAGCUAGUUUGCUACUCUUCAUCAUCGCCUACUCUAGCGGUUUCGCUAAUGUUCCUUUCCUCAUCAUGGGCGAACUCUUCCCUGCCAAAUUCAGGAGCAUUUUGGGAUCUCUUGCUUCUUGCUUCAAUUUACUCUGCACAUUUACAAUCAUUCGAAGCUUCGGAGACAUGAACAAGACCAUGGGUGAAUACGGCACCUUUUGGUUUUACAUGUCUUGGUGUGUCGUGGGCGUUUUCUUCGUCUAUUUCUUCCUGCCUGAAACCAAAGGCAAAUCAUUCGAGGAAAUCGAGCGCAUGUUCGCCAACAAGAAGAAGCAACAGUUGUAUGCGGCUGGUGCCGAGACAACGAUCGGCGCAGCAGCUGACAAGAACGAUGUUUUCACAGUAGAAACCAUUCCCCGGGCGCACAUUGAUGAACGAUCGUCCCAGUCGCAUUCAAAUGACGGGUAUGAUAUGGAUAGCGACGAAGAGGAUAACGGAGAAGUUGUAGCAACUCCACUGUAAACUUAAUUAUUAGAUUUUUUAAAAAAUGAUUUCCGUAGCCAUCACGGCCAACAUGUUUUCAUCGUGAUUGAUUUUUUUUUUGUAUGUGUUUUAACCCGUAAACAAAAAAGUGCAUAUUUUAAUUAUUUUUGCUAUUAUGUCGGAUACAAUUAUGUCUUCACUGACGGAGCGUGUGUUUAAAGGGUUGCUAGACGUGGUUUGGCAGCAAAAUUGAAAAUGAACGGGAACAAUUUCGUUUUGUUCGUAAUUUUUAAAAUGUGUAAAUGAUGUUUUCAGACGCGGCACCAAAAGCACGUCAAACUGUAGCCAUAGAUUAACCUCAUAACAUAUUCUACAUUAACUUCAAAGUUAGUUUCCAUGUACAUAGUAUAAUGCCAAUAUCUUUGAAUUAAGACAAUGGAUGUAAUUAAAUACAAAGAACAAAGUACAAAAUCUA